AUGCAUCGGUCUAUACUGUUUUUCUGGCUCUAUAUAGCCACCUUCUUCAUAAAUCAAAGUUACUCCCACUUCGAGUUUUCAAAUCUAAAAUGCGUGUCCUUCGACGAAUCAUAUUGUUCUUUUGAGUACUGCUUUCUAAAGUCCAUCAAUCGAACAUACAAAUACGGAUCCUUGAAAGCGAAAUUGUAUCAAGUACCCAUUAACAAUUCGAAAGUAACCAUUGCUCUGAACCAAAGAUUAAAUGGCUUUAAGCCCUUUCUCUACAACGUUACCUUCAAUGCUUGCCAGUUUAUGAAAAACCGAAACAAAAAUCAAGUUUUUCUUUUCCUUUAUAGCCUCUUUGGUCCCUAUUCGAACAUAAAUCACACAUGUCCUUACAAUCAUGACAUUUAUGUCGAAAAGUGGCCCACAUUCUAUAUGAACCACCAACUGACAACUGUGCUGCCAUUUCCCCUGGGGGACUACGGCCUGUUCACCAAUUGGUACAGCGAUGGGAUCAAGCGGGCUAGUGUCAAUGUCUAUUUCACACUAAAGUGAUCGAAGGAAUAAUAAUA